CGAAGUUCUUCCCACUAUGUUCACAACAACAUGGCGGUGCUUGCAGUGUUUUUGGAUGGAAAUGUAUAAAUACGGAUCCUUUUCCUUAGUAAAAAUGACAUAAAUAACCAGAAGAUACCUUGCGUAUCGCUGCUAUGUUUGGCGGAGGGAAAAAUAGACUUUUACCUCCUAUUAAAAAUCCAUUAUUCAACCCGAAUGCGCAAGAAGGAUCCGACGAAGUUCGUGUUGCCGAAGUGACGAAAACACCACCAGAAAGGAGUAAGGGAAGGCUUUCGAGCUUGUUCAGCUCCAAAAAUCGAAAAUCCGCUGGAUCUAGUCGAUCAAAUGUUUUUGAUGAAAAUAGCGAUUCCAAACUUGGAGCAAGCUGUUCCGAUACCCUAGCAUCUAAUGGUCGACCGUCUAGUUCUAGACAUACCCAGGCAACAUCUACAACUAAACAGCUACCCCCUCAAAAAUCAAACGAAGGCAAGGGUAAAACGUUACUGAACUCCCGCGCGAAAUUCUCACGAAAUCUAAACACUGAAGAAGACAAAAGUACGCCUGAGUGUGCUAGUCUACACACAGAGCAAGCCGUACAGAGUUCCCCUGAGAGAAAGUCGCCAGGGCUUUUAAAAAGGGAUAAGGAAAAGCCCAUGUUAUUAAGUAGGGAAAAAGAGGAAAAUGGGAAGUUAUUGUCUGUGGAGAAUUCUAAUAGCAGGGCCAGAAGUCGGCCAAGUUCCUGUUCCGAUAUUCAGAAAUCUGUCAAGUCUUCUAGUCAAAACGACCCAGAGAAUUCCCCAGAAAAAGCCCGAUAUACUGAUGCAUUAUCAUUAAGAAAUGACUGGAGAACAGCCAAGGCUUCUGGGGACUACAAAGGGAUACUAGCAUUCUUAUCUGCCACCUUUGACUCAGUAAAUGAAAUCAAUGCUGUUUUUAUGAAAAGAGAGGAUUGUCUUGGGCCUGAGGAUGAGGAUGGAAGUGGCUUAGACUAUGACUUCAUCAGGAUAACGUAUGACAUUGUCCUAACCCUGCCGCAAGAAGUACAAAAAGCGGUUCUCAAGUCGGUAAUUAAUAGUUUGCUUCAAGACCUUAAAAGGCAAAGAACAAAGCAAGACAUCCGAGCAUAUAUUGUGCUUCUACAGAAUCCUCAGUUUAACAAAGCCACCACAUAUGUCAUAUUUGCCCAUCUCCUUCGUCAAGUCUCCUCUCUAUCAGAUGCUGAACAUCAGCUGUUGGUACGCUGGCUCAGAAAGAUCCCUCUGAACACAUUUCAGGCUACAGUUACCAGAGUCCAACAGUUUAUUAGCACGCGAAUGUUCCCUACAAACUCCAUGGAGCUCCCCCCAGAAGAGAAAUGUACAUGGUGGAUUCCAUCAGCUGUUAAAGUACUCGCCCUGCUGAAUGCCGCGAACUGGCUAGUACAGGCUCCACUAGUACUACACACAUAUUUUUACAACCACUCACUGGAUCACAUUGAUCUAAUGGCUGAGUACUACUCGUGGCAGAAUCCAGGGGCUAACUCAGGGAAGUUUUCGUUUUGCCAGUACCCCUUCAUCCUUAGCCUUGGAGCCAAGAGGUACAUCAUGCAGAAAGACUCAGAGUCUCAGAUGAUUGUCAUGGCCAGGGUUGUUUUCGGUUUCUAUUUUCAGAAAAGUCUGAUGGAGAAGGUGCAGCGGCGCGAGAUGCCAGAUAUGGGAAUGCUAUUCUUGAACAUCAAGGUCCGAAGGUCUCAUCUCAUCACAGACUCACUUAAUGAGAUUGCACGUAAACAGAAGAACCUGAAAAAGAAGCUGAAGGUGACGUUUGCAGGCGAACCAGGUCUAGACAUGGGUGGCCUCACCAAAGAGUGGUUUCUACUUCUUGUGAGGAAGAUCUUCAAGCCUGAGUAUGGCAUGUUCUCCUGUAAUGACAAGUCUCGCCUGUACUGGUUUAACAAGGAGUGUUUGGAUCAGGACGAGGAGUUCAACCUCGUCGGAGUUCUUAUGGGUCUUGCAGUGUAUAACAGCAUAAUCCUCGACAUCCACUUUCCCUCUUGUUGCUAUAAGAAGCUGUUGUCCCCUGCAGUCGUGCCUUUCCACAAUCCUAACGCUAGAGUUGGUCUAGCCAACCUUGGGCUCGAAGACUUGGCUGAGGUCAUGCCGGAGCUUGCACGGGGCCUCAAAGAGCUGCUGAGCUAUGAAGGCGAUGUAGAGAAUGAUUUAUGUCAGACAUUCCAAGUGUCCUUCACGUCCUACGGAGAAGUGGUAACGCACAAUCUCAAGCCCAAGGGAGACACCAUUCCCGUCACUAACACCAAUAGACAAGAGUACGUGCAGCUGUACGUGGAUUACCUCCUGAACUCCUCUAUCUACAAGCAGUUUGAGGCCUUUUAUCACGGCUUCCACAGCGUCUGCGCAUCCAAUGCGCUUAUUAUGCUGCGCCCCGAGGAGGUGGAGAUGCUGGUCUGCGGUAAUCCAGAGCUCGACAUGGAGGCGCUCAAGAAGGUGACUGUUUACGAUGGCUAUAGCAAGAAUGAUAACACCAUCAGAAAGAAUGACAACACCAUCAGGUAUUUCUGGGACACGGUCAUGAACUUCAACACAGACCUGAAGAAGAAAAUGCUUUUGUUUGCUACCGGAAGUGACCGAAUUCCGAUUGGUGGCAUGGCGGAAAUGGAGUUCAAGAUUGUGAGAAUGGACACCGCGCACAGCACAUCCAUGCUGCCCAUGGCCCACACGUGUUUUAACCAGCUCUGCUUGCCACCGUACAAGACACGAAAACAAAUCAAGCAGAAGCUAACGAUCGCAAUCUCGAACGCAGAGGGCUUUGGCAUCGAGUAACAGGAGCAGUAAUACCUGACCAAAUUCUAGGAAUAUCACAGGACCUUUCACAGUUCUUUGGAAUACCUAAGCAAUUUUUACAUAUUCCAGGAAUUCCACGGGACCUUACACAGUGCCUUGGAAUACCUAGGCAACUUUUACAUAUUCCAGGAAUUUCACAGGACUUUACACAAUUCCCUGGAAUACCUAAGCAAAUUUUACAAAUUCCAGGAAUUUCACAGGACCUUACAGGGGGGAGGGUGAAUAGGGGUAUGUAAAUCCGUCGAUCCGCUACAUUUUCGGGGCAAAUCCGUGGAUCCGCAGGUAUUUUUAGAUCCGCAUGGUUUGACAGAUAAACAAUAGCAUCGAUUGAAAUUCAUUUAAAAUCCGAAAUUCGACCAUCAAAGCAGUCAAAAUCCGAAAUCCGUGCCCAAAUUGUCAACAGAUCCGUGAUCCGCCGUAUUUCCAAAAUCCGCCAAUCCGCUGAAAUAAUAAUCAAAAUCCGUAAUCCGUGAGCAUUUCGGGGCUGAAUUCGCCGAUCCGCGAACCUAUUCACCCCCCCUUACACAACGUCCACCUGUAGGACGCAAAUUUCAAUGAAUAACACUAUUUUAUUUCGUUAAGUACCUGGGCAAAAUGCAUGUGAUAUAAGAAAUAGCAAGCAUUACUCCUUCGCUUACUCCAACGUACUCACGGAGAGCCUCUACGCAUAGAGAGCGAUUCUUGGGUGAUCAAAGCGUCUUUUGCAUUAUUUUGUGAAGCAUGUAUUAAUGAUAGUGUAAAUAAAUGAAUUUCACCUCUC